AUGGCAGAAACUUACGCAGCGUACAGUGAAGCGGACCGAGUUUGGAGCGGACCUCCUUCGAACUCAAUUUACAAGGAAGAUGCUUCAUUGGGUACCCUUAUAUUUCAGUCCAUGAAGAACUGGCCCAGGAACAUUUGUCAGAUAUGGGAUGACGAUGGCUUUGUAGUCACCUUUGAACAGGAACUCACCUGGGCCAUUCGGAUUGCUCAAUUCCUCAAAGGACGAGGUCUAACCCACAAGGAUGUCAUUGGAAUAGCAGCUCGCCACUCAAAGUUAUUGUAUCCUUUGGGUGUGGCCUGUCUGAUGAAUGGAACUCCAUUCCACUCUCCACAUUCAGUGCUGGAUGAAGCAACCAUAAAGCAAAUGUUCUCAAUAACCAAGCCAAAUCUGAUAUUUUGCGAUGGCAAUGUCUAUGAGAAAAUCCAUGCAGCGACGAUCGAAUGGCAACCGGAAAUCUAUACUCUCACGGAUCACGUUGAGGGAGUGCCGAACAUUGAAUCGCUUCUGGAACCUACCACCACCGAAAUGUCCUACCAGCCGGAACCAUUGGUCGAAGGUGGCAACCAAACUGCAGCGUUACUCUGCUCCUCCGGAACCACUGGACUGCCAAAGGUGGUGUGCAUUUCGCAUCGAAUGUUAAUGUUUAGCCCGACCUCGCCAAUUAAUAGCGAAACUAUUGUACUCCUUCCGACUGCCAUGGACUGGCUCUCGGGGGUGGCCAUGCUUGUGUUCAACACAGUGCAAGGAUAUACCCGCAUUCUGAGCAGAAAGCAGUUAACUCCGGAAUAUAUUGUGUAUCUGGUGCAGAAGUACAAGGUAGAUUUCAUCUGCCUGCCACCAUGUCCUUUAUCUGCUCUGGUGCAUUGUCCUGAGGCCACGGUGGAGUCCUUGACCUCUAUCCGAUCCUUUUUAUACGGGGGAGGAGCUAUCUCACACGCCACGCUGAAGCGAUGCCAAGAGCUCUGUGUAAAUGCGACAAUGAUGAAUUCAUAUGGCACUUCUGAGGCCGGAUUCAUAACCUACAACAUUGGCCUUGAAGUCGCCAACUCUUUGGGUGGACCAAAACCGGACAUCAGGGUCCGCAUUCUAGGCGAGAACGGAGAGAAUCUCACGCACAACCAAGUGGGUGAAAUAUGUGUCCACAAUGGAUUGACUUGGAAGGGAUACUACGAAAAUCCGGAGGCAACACGCCAGAUACAGGACUCCGAGGGCUGGAUUCACACCGGCGACAUGGGAUACUUCAAUGAGCAGAACUGCCUCUUCAUAGUCGAUCGCUGUAAGGACAUCCUCAAAUACCAACACUUCCACUACUGGCCGGGUGAGAUCGAAGCAACUAUAAUGGAGCUGCCGCAGGUGAAGGAUGUAUGCGUGGUGGGAGUCCACAAUGAAGUGGACUACGAUGCUGCCGGUGCCUUGGUUGUCCUUAAAAAAGGAUCAACUAUAAGUGCCAAGGAGAUUGUGGAGCAUGUGGCUAAAAACUUACCUGCAGUGCAUAAACAGCUUCAUGCUGGAGUUCAGUUCACCAAUGAACUGCCUGCAAAUCCCAAUGGAAAAGUUGUGCGUAAGCUUGCUCUUGAGAUGUUUAACGCCUUAAAAGCUGCUUAA